CACACAUGACACACCCCUCAUAUUUAUUUAUAUAUAGUCAUCACUUGCUCCUUACUUCAUGUCAUCAAGUCUUGGAGGGGUCACUGUGUGAGGAAAAAGAGAGUGGUCAUGGAAAAUCACCGUUUGCUACUUUAUUGCAUGCUUUUGUUGAGUCAUUGGAUCUCUGUUCAAGCUGCCCCUGCACAAUCCCUCGUCACACAACUCCCUGGCUUUUCCUCCACUUUUCCAUCCAAACACUACUCUGGAUACAUAAGUAUUGAUGGAAAUGGUGAGAGUGGGAAGAACCUGUUCUACUACUUCGUUAGUUCAGAAAGAAGUCCAGAAAAGGACCCAGUUGUUUUAUGGCUGAAUGGUGGACCUGGCUGCUCCAGCUUCGAUGGCUUCGUUUAUGAACAUGGACCAUUCAACUUUGAGGCUGCGAAAUCAAAGGGGAAUCUACCCACUUUGCAUAUCAAUCCUUACAGCUGGUCCAAGGUUUCCAACAUGAUAUACUUGGAUUCUCCAGCGGGUGUUGGACUCUCUUACUCCAAGAACACAAGCAAAUACGCAACUGGGGAUCUACAAACUGCGACUGAUACCCAUCUUUUCCUCUCAAAGUGGUUUGAGCAAUUUCCGGAAUUUCUGGCUAAUCCAUUUUAUAUUGCUGGGGAGUCUUAUGCCGGAGUUUAUGUGCCCACUCUAGCUUUGGAAGUUGUUAAAGGAAUCCGGAGUGGUUCAAAGCCCGUGAUCAAUUUUAAGGGUUACAUGGUUGGAAAUGGUGUGACGGACGAAAUAAUUGACGGCAACGCUCUUAUCCCAUUUGUGCACGGGAUGGGUCUCAUAUCCGACAGUAUCUACGAGGAUUUACAAGCUUCUUGUAAAGGAAGCUACUACAAUGCUUACUCAAUGGACGAAAAUGAUUUGUGUUUUAAAAACAUGGAAAAAGUUGAUAGGGCCAUUGAUGGGCUUAACGUGUACAACAUACUAGAGCCAUGUUACCAUUUCCCUGAUGCUGCCACUGCCACAGUAAAUGGAAGCUCAUUACCACAUAGUUUUCAGCAAUUAGGGGCUACUGAGAGGCCUCUUCCAGUGAGGACAAGAAUGUUUGGAAGAGCUUGGCCUUUUCGAGCACCAGUCAAAGCUGGCCCUGUUACAUUAUGGCCACAAUUGGCUGAAACAAGACAUGUCGCAUGUGUCAGUGAUGAAGUAGCAAGUGCAUGGCUAAACAAUGUUGAAGUCAGGAAAGCUAUCCAUGCUGAGUCGGAAAAAGUGGCGGGUCCGUGGGAAUUAUGUACUAGUAGAAUAGAGUAUCGUCACAAUGCUGGAAGCAUGAUUCCUUACCACAAGAAGCUAACCUUGUUGGGCUAUAAGGCACUUAUUUUCAGUGGAGAUCAUGAUAUGUGCGUGCCAUUUACGGGAAGUGAGGCUUGGACACGAUCUCUAGGAUAUAAAAUUGUGGAUGAAUGGAGGCCAUGGAACUCAGAUAAUCAAGUUGCAGGGUACUUACAAGCGUACCAGAACAACCUCACCUUCCUCACAAUCAAGGGAGCUGGGCACACGGUACCGGAAUAUAAGCCGCGUGAAGCGUUGGAUUUUUACAGUCGUUGGUUGGAAGGAAAGGCGAUAUAAGUAAAGAAACAUACAUGAAUUGUAGUGUUUUUUUUGUGUCUUUACGUUGUUAAUUAUCCUUUACCAUUAGGAAAAUCAUAUGUAGUUGUUUGAUAUACGAAUCCUUUCGAAGAGAGGAUGUCUGAAGGAAAAGCAAUUGUAAUCUGAUAAGCCCUUUCUUUUUGCAACUUGCAACUUGCAACUGUCAGGACCCUCCACCACCACCUUACAAUCAUUUAUAAACUCAUUUGCUUCUCCAUUUUUUUCUUC